GGGUGAUCCGUGCACGCGAGUCAGUCAUCCUCCCCUCCAGACUGAAGCUAUUCCGACAGGGAUAAUAUUCCUCUUUCCCUUCAAUACCAAAUAAACCAGCAACUCUUCUUCAUACAGAUAUAGUCAUGGCUUCUACCACAUCCCCCCUCCGCCUCGAACCCGCCACUCUCGAGGACCUUCCUGCCCUCACCGACCUCUGGUACAAUGCCUUCACCACCGAAUCCAUGCUGACCAUCUGGCCCGACACCCCGGGCGUCCGACAAUGGUGGCACGAAGCCAACGAGCACGACAUGCGACACAAACCCGCAGAGAAAUUCCUCAAGGUCGUCGACACCUCCCAGAAUAACCGCAUCGUCGCCUACGCCAAAUGGUCUCUGCAGACGGCGGAAGAGCGUGGUGCUCGCUGGCCGGCCUGGCAUCCGGAUAUGGAUCCGGUGCAUAAUGAUGCCUUUGUCAAGCAGCUGGAGACAUUCCGGGCUGCGCUGGUGGGUGGGGGGAGACCGAACUAUUAUCUCGAUAUGCUCGCGACUCACACGGAUUACCGACGGAUGGGCGCCGCUCGUCUGCUUCUGGAAUGGGGCUGUCGCGCUGCGGACCAGGCAGGCGUGCCGGUCUACAUUGAUGCCAGUAAGGCGGGCAAGCCCGUCUAUGAGCGCUUUGGCUUCGAGGAUCGUAGCCAUGUCUUUGGGGAUACGGGUGCCUUGGCACCUAUGGUGCGGGAUCCACCGAAGAAGGAUGCUUGAGGGGAUAUAGUAGUGCAGAAGAUGGGGUAGAGGAGUAUAUGCCGGGUUUAUUCAAACUUCAUCGGCAACAGGGAACACGGAAGAAGGAUAUAUUUAUAGUAUAGAACCAAGGCCCUACCAACGAAACUGGUGGCCAAAACCCCUACCCAAUAGAUACAAUAGAUCAAGUACUUCAACCACGCUA